AUGUUUCAACCGGGGUUUGGUGGUGGCUUUGAUCCGGCCAACCCGGAGCAUCUCUACAAUAUGGCCCGUGGUCGAAGACCGAUAAUCCAGCGAUUCGAUGAAUACUACAGGUGCUAUCCCGUCGUCAUGGCCCCCGGUGCGGAGCGACCCGAGCUAAACUAUGGUUCAAAAAUCAUUCUACCCCCAUCAGCACUGGACAAAGUUUCAAAGCUGCACGUGCAGUGGCCACUGCUGAUGGAGAUGAUUAACGGGGAGAAAGGAAGGCAUUCCCACGCUGGUGUGUUGGAGUUUAUUGCCGAGGAAGGACGAGCAUACAUUCCCCAGUGGAUGAUGGAAACGUUGGGUAUGGAAGUUGGGGAUAUGAUUCAAAUCAGAACGACGUCACUCGAGCUGGCCAAAAUGGUCAAACUACAGCCACAAUCAGUCAACUUCUUGGAGAUUAGCGAUCCAAAAGCAGUUCUUGAGCGGGCAUUCCGAAACUUCGCCACCCUGACCAAAGGCGAUGUGUUCAACUUUGAGUACAACGACGAGAUAUACGAGGUUGCCGUAUUGGAUGUGAAGCCAGAAACAGACAAAAUGGGCGUCAGUAUGAUUGAAACGGACGUAUCAGUCGAGUUCGCACCGCCCGUCGGCUACGUCGAGCCAGAAAAGAAGAGCGGCACCAAUACACCCGGCAGUACUCGAGGCGGCGUUCCAGUCGGAGGAAUCGUUCACGGACAAGGCACCAUGGCCCAGGCCAUCGGCUACAGCUCUAUUGCUCCAUCAGUCACAAGUACUCCCACCAACUUUAUCGGCGAAGGUCUGCGGCUCGCCAAGAAGGGCAGCAAGACUUCGACGCCCAAACCUGCGACACCCGUUCCUGCGGAACCGGCUGCACCCAAAAGCCGAACAGGGGCACCAGCACCGCUACGUCUAGCACCCAAUAAGCUCUUCUUCGGGUAUGAGUUUAAGCCGUUAAAAACGACGGAGGAGAAAGAGCAGGAGAAGGAAGACGCGAAGCGACCACACUUUGCUGGCCAGGGACAAAGUCUGCGCGGAACAGUCAAGCGAAAGGGUGAGGGGGACGAAAAGAGCAAAGCGCCGGAUAAGAAGGGUCCAAGUGAAGGUUACAGACUGGACGGCCGUCGUCCAAAGUAA